AGGAAAAAUGAGGGAGUAACAACCUUAAAAAAAUAAUAAUUAUAAAUCAAAAUUACCUGAUAUUCUAAGAAAUAUAUGAUACAAUAUUCUCAUAGAUUUGUUACCCGGAUAACAGUAGUUCAUCCUUAAUUAUUUUCGAUAGUGACAUUAUGUCUCUCUUAUAUAUAGUAUUUGGUAAUACCAUCUUAGAAACUUCGAUAAAGACAACUUUUAACAUCCGACCAUAUAUUGAAAGGAUCCAGGCCACUACCUUCACAAAAUUCACACUACAAGAAUCUGGGCUUUUACCGGCGAUUUUUUAAUCGCUGCAGAAGAAAUCGCCGUAAUAUGUCACUAAUAGCGGCGAUUUCUUAAUCGCUGCUGUAUUUGUUAUAUUUGCUGGCGAGAAUGUCACUUAAAAUAUCCCAACCACUUAUUUUCUUUUAGCGGCGAAAAAUUUCGCCGCUAUAUGUCCGAUCUAAACUCAGGCGCCAAACUUAAUUGCAUUUUAUUUCCCUCCCCGCGACAAUUUCACUGUACCCUCUCUGCUCUCCGUGUGGUUUUCAUCGAUUUGUGCCUCACUUGCAACUGAAAUCCCUUACGGCCAAUCCAUACGGUUUCCAAAUCUAGUAAUCCCCAUUUCCGAAUACGUCCCGAAGCUUUGACCCUUGCCUCCACGACAUUUUCUUGGCGUUCGAAGGUUGCGAAACUGUUUCCUUCCAAAACCCAUGCAUUGCCUCCAUUGUUCGGCAAACCCAUAUACUUCGGCUACCAAAAAUUAACGAAACGUUCUGUUGAAUGCAUAUAUACACACGACGAUUGCUACCCAAAAUGCCCUCUGUUGUGCAUUAGAGCUACUAGAAAUUCCCCUAAACCUGCUCUCCCAAAGAUCCUGUGUGCCUGGCUUUCAAGUCAAUUCUAAGCCUCGGUUGGCGAAAAUCCACUUGCUCGGGUGCUGCGAAGUGUGUCCAAGUGUGUAUGCUGGACCAAUGGGAGCAGUAUUGAUUUAAAAGGGGGGUUGACUGAGCCUUUGAAUUUGAUUUGGGCAGACUUGAACAGCCAGGGGUGAGUCCCUUAUUCUGUUGCAUAUUGAAGAUGGAGAGAAGUUGGAUGAACGAGCCCGAUAGACUUUUAUCACCUGCAUAUGCCGAAGGCGUGUAAAUAUUCCUCACACAAGUACGAAAUCAUGCAAGUGGACGGGAUUGCAUUCGGUGUCCAUGCCGUACAUGUCUUAACAAUCUGUGGCUUCCUAUAUUUAAGGUUGAAUCUCAUUUGUUUAUUAAAGGGAUCAAUCCAAACUACACCCAGUGGAUAUUUCAUGGGGAGGAGGAGACAACAUUGGACGUCAAUGACGAUGAUGUUGGUGACGAGUUUAUGGCAGAAGAUGAUUAUAUCGAUGACAUGCAGCAUAUGUUGGAUGAUGUGCGGGCAGGCACCUUUGUUGAUGUGCCCCAAGAAAACACUGCUACGCCAAAUACUCCACCAGUACCUGAAGAUUCACCAGCAACUGCUUUUGACAAACUACUGGAGGAUGCUCGACGUCCUCUUUUCGACGGGUGUACAAAAUUCACAAAGCUGUCAUUCAUUGUCAAGUUAUUACACCUCAAAUCAAUCGGUGGAUGGUCAAUUAAGUCAUUCGACAUGCUCCUUGAUCUGUUGCGGUCAUCUUUUCCUGAUGCGCUCUUGCCACAAUCAUAUGAGGAAUUAAGGUCUUUGAAGCGCGGGUUGGGUUUCAAGUACCACAAAAUCCAUGCGUGCCCCAAUGACUGCAUCUUAUUCUGGAAGGAAAAUGCCGAACUUAAUGAAUGCCCUGUAUGUAAGGCUUUGAGGUGGAUGCCAAAUGCACACGGCUCACGCGUUAUACCUCAAAAAGUGUUACACCAUUUUCCAUUGAAACCGAGAUUGCAGCUUCUCUUUAUGUCUGCAAAGAUAACAGGUGAUAUGAGAUGGCAUAAAGAGCAACGGGCGAUAGAAGAUACUAGUAUGAGACAUCCGGCUGACUCUGAGUGUUGGAAGAAAUUUGAUGAACAUCAUAGUUGGUUUGCUGCGGAUCCACGCAAUGUUAGGCUCGGUCUGGCCUGUGACGGAUUCACUCCCUUCAACAACUUGGCUAAGCCUCAUAGCAUUUGGCCAGUGAUUCUUAUCUCGUAUAACUUGCCGCCGUGGUCAUGCAUGAAAGAUCAAUACUUUAUGACUUUUUUGAUUAUUCCUGGCCCAAAGUCACCAGGGAAUGAGAUCGAUGUGUACCUGCAGCCGUUGCUUGAUGAACUGAUUGAAUUGUGGGAAUAUAGGGUAUCAACAUAUGAUGCCGUAUCUAAGGAGACGUUUAUGUUGCAUACUGCAUUGUUGUGGACAAUCAAUGACUUCCCUGCCUAUGUGAAUAUUUCUGGCUGGUCAACAAAGGGAAAAUUAGCUUGUCCGUCUUGCAAUGCCAAGGGUGACUACAAUUGGUUGAAAUAUGGCCGAAAACAUUUCUAUAUGGGACACCGACACUUCUUACCGCUAGAUCACAUAUGGAGAAGACGGAAAGGAUUGUUCAACGGUAAAGAAGAUCAUCGCAUGCCGCCAAGAGAUAUAGGAGGAUACGAUAUUCUGACACAAUUACAGAUGAUUGAGGAUGUUCAGUUUGGCAAAUCUCGAAGGAAGAGAAAACGUACUACUGAAGAGCUGAACUGGACAAAGUGUAGCAUAUUCUUCCAGUUACCUUAUUGGUCAACACUUCAACUUCGGCAUAAUUUAGAUGUUAUGCAUAUUGAGAAGAAUAUUACCGAAAACAUCUUAUUCACUUUAAUGAACACUCCAGGAAAAACUAAAGACAAUAUAAAUUCAAGGCGUGACUUGGAGAUAUUGGGGUAUAGAAAAGAAUUACAUUUGAGGCAUGAGGGUGAUCAUGUAACAAUGCCACAUGCACUGUAUGCAUUACACGGAGAUGAAAGGCAUAAAUUUUGUGAGUGGCUGUCCGAGAUCAAAUUUCCAGAUGGGUUCUCUUCCAAUAUCUCGAAUUGUGUUUCUCUACGUGAUUGCAAAAUCGGCGGGUUAAAAAGCCACGAUUAUCAUGUUUUCCUUCAAAGACUACUCCCAAUUGCUGCUGGGGGGUUUCUAAGAAGUGACAUUGUCUUGGCUUUGACUAAACUUAACACGUUCUUCAAAGAGUUGUGCGUGAGAACACUGGAUGUGAAUCGCCUAUCUCAGCUCCAAACUGAUAUCGUCACGAUUCUAUGCAAAUUGGAGAUGAUAUUCCCUCCCUCAUUUUUCGAUGUCAUGGUCCACCUAGCUAUCCAUUUAUCUCGUGAGGCCAUACUUGGGGGUCCAAUACAAUAUAGAUGGAUGUACUCAUUUGAGAGAUACCUCAGAAAAUUCAAACUGUAUGUUAAGAAUAAAGCCCGACCAGAAGGUUCAAUAGCCGAGGCCUACAUUCACAGUGAAUGCCUGACUUUUUGCUCUAUAUACCUAAAUGAUGUUGAGACGAAGUUCAAUCGAGCGGACCGCAACGUUGAUGCUGACGAAGAGGAGACUAUAGAUGGAUUCAAAAUUUUCAAUCAGAAAGUUCGUUCCUUGGGUUCAGCUUCUAAUGUGCAAUUAGAAGAUAAACUCUUUAAAGCAGCCAUUUGGUACGUGCUCAACAAUUGUCAGGAGAUUUGACCAUAUAUACAGUAAGCAUCAAAAUCUGAUUUAAAAAUCUACUUCCACUCAAACUUAACAAGUUAUUAUAUAUGCACUGCCCAUAACAUCAAAUAUUUUGCUUGCGAUUCUGUGCACCAAAUGUAGGGAACACUACGAGAAAUGUAAGAUGCAACACCCAAAUUGCAUCGAUCGCAUGCAUCAAACUGACUUUCCAACUUGGUUCAAGCACCGUGUAAGUUCUUUUCCAUCCUUAUCUACAUUGAAAUAUUAUAGACUUCAUUAAUAUGUUUUGAAAUGAUGACAAUAUACGUUAUGAAUUUUCAACAAUUUUGGUAUAGAUCCAGGAACAUCGUGCCCAGCAUCCACUUGAUGUGUCUGCUGAUCUGUAUGUGUUAGCUUGUGGGUCUGACCGUUGGGUUGCAUCAUAUGAUGCUUGCAUAAUAAAUGGAAAAAGGUUUCAUACGAGACAGCAUGAACUUCGUCGGCGUACACAAAAUUCUGGGGUGUUGGUAAUGGGGGACGAGGCCACAAAUAACGCAGACUUUUACGGUGUUAUUAAUAAUAUCGUAGAGUUACGCUACAUGGAGUGGCGUCGGGUAUACCUAUUUGAAUGUGAUUGGUUUUAUGUUGGUGAUCGAAAACGAGGGGUGCGGGUGGAUGACCAUAUGAUUAGUGUCAACAUGAAUAGGACUUGGUAUAAGGGUGAAACAUUCGUGUUGGCGAGUCAGGCUAAUCAAUGUUUCUAAAUAAGAGAUUUAAGAGCGAAAGGGAAUUGGGGUGUUGUGCAAACCUAUACAAAUAGGAAUGUAUAUAACAUUCCGUCAGUGUCAAGGAAUCUGGAAGAUAUUAAUGAUGGGGAGCCAAGUACAAAUGAGGCCGAUCAAGAAAAUGAGUCUUUUGAUUACUAUGAACCAGUGCAGUGUGUUAAUGCAGAUCCAGUGUCAACUCCAUUGGAUAGGAAUGAUAUACCACCUAGUCAUAUUGAUGCACAAGAAUUCAUGGAUGUGGAUGGUCAAUGCACAUAUUCAACAGGCUUUAUUAAUGAUGUCAUGAUUUCUUCUGGUUCCAGAGAUGCAUAUAGUGAGGGAGAAUAUUCAGAUGAAGAGGACCUAUCAACAGACGAAGAGUCUGGUCAGAUAUAACAUGAACACUCCAAAAACUUCUUCUGCUUAAGGUGAGGGUAAAACAAUAGUGGAAAGCUUUAUUGUAGUCGUUGCACAGACAAAUUUGGGAAGGGAUUUGCUUUCUUCGAUAUCGGUAUAUUUAUCAUGCAAUCCCAUCUUCAAGCUGGAGGCAUGAGCGGCACGAUUAAUUACCAAGGUGACCGAGCGGGGCCCAGUACUAGGGGCAGAGGGAGACUCGGGGGUUUUCGUGGGAGGCGGCAUGUACCAUACUCGGCCAACCACAACCGUCCUCGGGGAGCAAAGAUCUCCUCAUAUCAUAGUCCUGAGGAGUGUAAUCAAUCAUCCUCAGAUGACUCCACACAGCCCCCAAGCCCGCCACCAUCCACCAACCCAAUUCCCACACCAGCGCCUGUUCGAGAACCCUCACCUGUGCGGGCACAAUCACCUAUUAGAGACCACGCACGAAUGGAAGACCCCAGUGUACCACAAACUAGUAAUAGUUAAUCCAUGAUACAUAUUGAAUGCGUUGAUGUGUUCGGGAGCGGACGCCCCCCCAGAGCUCGCUGUAGAGCAGGAAUAGAGAAAAUGAAUUCGUGGGUCCGCUCGAUGCAUCAAGUUUGACAAGGUGAGGAAGCAUGGGAAAGUGCUAUUAAAGAUAAACGAGGGUGAGACUGCACCGUGUUGUGAGCACGCUUCUAUGUUCACGACACGGGUAUCAUGGAUUAUUAAACAAUAUUGUGACAUGAGUUAUGCGCGAUGGACGGAUGUUCCACUUGAAAUGAAGGAGGAGCUCAUUGACCGUGUUCGGUCUGACUUUGUGUUCGACUGGGAGUGCGAGAAACACCGAUUGACGGUGACAAAGGCACUUCGUAAGCACUUCAACUCCUUCCAUCAUGACUUGCACAAGAUUUAUGAAUCAUUUGGAAGCCAUGAAGAAGCUUUGGCUAAUGGGACAAGCUUGGUGGACCCCCUUUUAUGGGUAAAGUUGUGUGGUAGAUGGGGCAGUGACGAGUUUAAGAAAAUUUGUUCUCAAAACCGGGCGAACUGAAAGAAGCAGGUAAUUAAUCAUACAUCAGGACGUAAAUCAUUAGUCCGAAUACUUGAGCAGAAGCGCUAAGAACAGAAAUUUGGUUGACUUCUAUAAGGAGACGCGCUGGUCGAAGAAGAAGAAUAAAUAGAAGAAGAAGAAGAAGAUACUUACAAGGAGAUGCAAGGUAGGUUGGAUGGCCUAGAACCAGAGCAACGUAAUGAUGAGGCAGCAGCGACUGUCUUUAGGGAGGUCCUGGGCCAUCGACCUGGCUAUGCGUGAGGACUCGGGGAGAUGGUCAUCCCCAAGUCAAGUAGACAGUGCGACCAAGUUAAAAUGCAAUGCUACAUGUUUGAAAUUGAAAGACACAAGAAAGAUGCUGAACAAUAUAAGAAAGAUGCUGAAGAGUAUAAGAGUCAGCUGGAUGAAAUGAGAUCAGAGAUGCGGGCUCUUAGGGAGCAUCAGCUUUAGACUGACAGAUUGCUUCAGGCAUUCUUUAAGGAUCAUCCGACAUUCACUGAGUCAUAUCGACAGACUCAGGGUAACGAUUCCCCUGACCCAUAAGGGGGGUUGUGGGGUUUUUUGACAUUUUGGGUGGUAUUUUGUCGUGUUGGGUGGUUUUUUGAUAGUGGAUUCUAAAGACAACUGGGCAAUAUACAUAUAUCUAUAUAUAUAGAUAUUACUAUAUAUAUAAAGGGAUCUAUGUCAACACCGGGGGGAAACACUAUUUUGAAUCACUUCUUUUUGGGUCGUUUAUGCAUAUAAGUAAGACUCCUUUGCUGAACCACAAUGUGUACAAAACAAAAACUUAGAGAAUGUAAUUCUUAGGUUAGACAGCUUCUCCAUCAUGCUAGUGUUCACAAGUUGGUGCAAAACCUAGAGACACAGUUGAAGGAGCUUUGCAACUGACAUAGCAUGGAGAAGAACUAGUAAUACAUUGGUGAUGGAAGCAGCAAAUCUAUAUCAAUGCAAUAGUGGAUUGGCUUAGGCUCACAAUAUGUAACCAAAUUCGGAAUUACUCAUCAAGGGGCCCAGUGCUGCGACCCCAAAUGCAUGAAUUUGUUGGGGAAGAGAAGAAUGAUGAUGCUAGGGUGCAGUCUAACAGCAAUUGGAAAAGGCAUCAGACAAAAAGGGGUGGUUAUCUCUAUUCACAACAGUGAUAUGGCCAAACUUGGGUUGAUCAUGAGCUUCGGCAACCAAGACCAGUUUUCGUGCAUCAUGUUCACCACCUUUCUUCUUCAAAAGUGAUAUGUCGAACUGUGGGUGCCAAUGAAUGAAAAGUUCCACAGUAAUGCUUUGUGCCAAACUAAUAAUGGUUUUAAUUGGUUACCAUUAUUAGUUUGAGUAUAGACCAUUAGUAGGUAAUGGUGAUGUUUUGUAUAUUAUAUAAAAAUUAGCUCAGCUUGUACUUGAUAUGACUCGACAUAGUGCACCACCAUGUUCAUGAAAUUAUAUAUAGGAGGAAAGCAUGGUUCAAUUGGUAAUUAUUCCUC